UAUUAUUUUCAAUAUUGAUUUACAUUGCUUGUUAUAGUAAUAAUUCAGCUUAAAUGUGUUUCCAAUUUUGUGGAAUGCUUCUUUAUUUGUCUGUUAGCAUGCUGUGUCAAUUAUGUCUACAUGUAAAUGGACUGCUGAUUUUUACACACACAUCUUUACAAUCUCUCUCUGUCUCUCACCUCUUCGCUCCUAACCACCAGGGUUCUCAGGGUGACCCUGGAGUGCCUGGUCAGACAGGGCAGGGGGGCUUGGCUGGGCUUCCUGGGCCCAUGGGACCGAUUGGGACUCCAGGACCACCCGGACCCCCCGGACAGUCCUACCCUGUGCGUUAUGGUGACGGGGAGGGUUCCGGAGUGACGGGGGUCAAUGGUGUUGCUGGAGUGAUAGGGAUUCCAGGACCACAGGGUCCGCCCGGAAUCGCAGGCCUUCCAGGAAGAUCUGGUUUGCCUGGGCUUUCGGGAGAGAAGGGGAGCGAGGGAGCAAGAGGACGGGAUGGAACACCAGGGAUGGACGGAUUCCCAGGACAAUUGGGAGACAAAGGGGAGAGGGGAGACAGAGGAGAAAGGGGUGAGCCAGGACGUGAAGGGGGGCCCCCUGGACCUCCGGGAGCCCCUGGCCCACCGGGACAGAUCUACCAGACCUCAGGCAGCUUUGAUGGAGUUCUUGAUCAAGGACAGGGCCUAUGGGACCAAAGGGAGAUACAGGAGAGCCUGGACAGCCAGGAUACGCAGCUAAGGUCUGGGGAGAAGGAGAACCUGGUAUUAUCAUGGGGCCUGAUGGAAGACCCCUGUACCUGGGAGGGCUGGGGUCUCAACCGGGAGAAGGGACUCCCGGACCUGAGGGACCUCCUGUGUUACUCUCCUUUAACAGUGACAUGCUUUGUUUCUGAUUAG